AUGGUUAUACAAUAUAUCCGUAUCAUUAAAGAUCCAUUUGGACCAUCAUUUGUUUCGGAAUGUUUGAAACUAUCACAUUCCAAAGAAGUUUGUAUUACAUCUGCAACAGUUAUUCCACAAACAUUCAUUAAUUGUGUUUCUGGAGAUAGAAUCACUAAGAAAGGAAUCACAAAAGUUUUAUAUGCGAUUUCUAAAGUUGCUCUUCCAAAAGAAAGUGUUUUUGAAUUUGUUAUUAAGUGUUUGGAUCCAAACACACCUCCUAAACGAUAUCUAACAUCUUUGACACUUGCAACAGUUGCUUGUUCAUUAAUACCAAAAAUAGAAGGAAGCUGGAUUGAUCAAAUCAUUUCCAAACUGAAAACAAAUGAAAAUGAAAUUAAUUUGUCAGUUUUAACUCGUUUCGUUUAUUCCGCUGUUUCAAAAGUUCAACAAACAGUUCGUUGA